AAAAUAAAAAAAAGAAACAAAAAUAACAAAAAAUCAACCCAAAACCAAAUCAAACCCAACGAUCGGCUGGAAAGCCAACGAACAACCAGGAACAGAAACCACCGGAGGAGGAUGCGCCACUGAUCCCGGAGAGCAAUGAGAAGCAGCAGCAGCAGCACAGAGAGCGCAAGUAGCAGCAGUAGCAGCGACAGCAGCAGCAGCAGCCACUCAGCAGCGGUAGCCACUUAUGUAGCGGUAAAUGGCGAGCAUGAAAACUGAAAUGCCGCCACUGCACGCGGCAGAGGCGCUUGCCGCCGCCAGCAGUGACAGCGGCGGUGGAGCAGGCGGAGGAGGAGGAGGAGCGGUAGGAGGCGGUGCAGCGGGCGCCGGCGGUCCUGGCUCCGUUGUGGGUGGCAGUCCGCCCGCCACGCCCAACGCCACGAUCAGCGCCGCGGCCGAUUCCAGCGACAAUCAGCCCGGCACGCCGCAGCCUCCGCAGCAGCAGCAACAGACGCAACAGCAGCAGCAGACGCAGCAGCAGCAACAAGCCCAGGGAAUGGGCGCAGAUCCCCAGCAGCAACAACAGGCCUCGGGCAUCACCCACCAGCCCUACGCCACACACCACAUGUACUCCUCCGCGGCCGGACAGCAGCAGCAGCAACAGCAGGUGCAACAGCAGCAGCAGCAACUCUACGGCGGCCUUUACGGCGGCGAGAUGCAGCACCAGCAACAAGGAUACGCCAGCAGCUACAUCAACAGCUACGAGCAGUUCUACCAGCAGCAGCAGCAACAGCAGCAGGGCUCCGACUACGCCUUCGGCGUAGGCCUGGGCGGCGUGGCCGACUACGGCAAGGGCACGGCCGGAGUGCGCUACCACCCGUACCUGCAGACCCCGACAUCGGGCCUGGGCAUGCCAGCGGCGGCCAGCGCCACGUCCGAGGACGCGGUGAGUGCGCCGAGUGCCGUGAGCACCACCACGGCGGCGAUGAGCCCGCGGGUGGUGAGCAGCAGCAGUCCCACUUCGACCUCCUCCCACCUGCAGCUGGGCAGCGGCAGCGGCCAGACGCCCGGAUCCCCAGGAGGCGCCGGCGGCGGUGGCUGUAAGUUGCAGUGCAAGAAGUGCGGCAUCCUGACCACCAACGAGUCCGAGCUGCAGGAGCACAUUGCCAACGUCCACGGCGAGUCGCCGUACGGCAGCAGUGGCUACGCCAGCUCCCCGUACAUCAAGGAGGAGAUGCCCACCCCGCAGCCCCCGAACGGAGGCACCUCCGCGGCCAAUCCUGGCGAGCUGCUAGACCUAGACUCCCAGAAGAUGGUCUACCACCAGCAACUGCUGCAGCAGCAGCAGCAACAACAGCAACACGAGGCCAUCGCCGGCCUGCCGCUGGGCGCGCUCCCCGACCCGCUGCACUCGAUGCAGUCCAUGCAGCAGCGGGCGCUACACAGUUGGGAGCAGCAGCAGCCGCAGCAGACGGUGGAGGGCCUGCCGCCCUACAUGCAGCAGGGCCUGGGCGUCGGCCUGGGCCUGGGUGUGGGCGUGGACAAGUCCCCGUACUACUCGCCGAAGCAGUCGCCAUACCACCAGACGGCCAUCAAGCAGGAAUACGGCGCCCACGCCAUGAUCAAGUCCGAGUACCCGGACUCGCAACACUACGUGGACAAGUCCUUCGACCCGACGGCAGCGGGUGGCGGCGCCAGCGAGUUGUGCGGCAGUGUGGCCACCAGCCCGGCCGAGUUCCCCAGCACCACCACGGGCGGCCCGGGCCAGGAGAGCGGCACGGGCGCCGGGCCACCGGGCGGCGGAUACCGCGGCUUCGAGCCGCCCAGCUCCAGCUCGGUGCUGCCGGCCAACAGCCUGACCGCCAAGGCGGCAACAUGGAAGUCGAACGAGGCGCGUCGCCCCAAGACCUACAACUGCACGGCCUGCAACAAGUGGUUCACCAGCUCGGGCCACCUCAAGCGCCACUACAACACGACGCUGCACAAGAACGCCGUGAAGUCGAGCGGUCAGCCGGACCCAGCCACGCUGCCCAUAUCGGCGCACCACCAUCCCUCGCGGGACCCGGUGACGAAGCCGAGUCGACGCGGCACCGCUGCAGCAGCUGCGGCUGCUGCUGCCGCCGCCGCAGCGGCCGCCUCGGGUGGCAAUCAGCAGCAACAGGUGCCGCCACCACCACCGCCGGCGAACGUGCCACCACCAGAACCGCCCAGAAGUCCACCCGAUUAUGGAGGAGGAGGCGGGGUGGGAGCGGCGGGCGGCGCUGCCAUGUCCCAGUACUCGGCCUCGCCCUCGCCCACCACCCAGCAGCAGCAGCACCUCCACCACUCCAACGGCUAUGCCAACGGCAACGGCGUCGCCAACGGGUACGGCGGCUACAUGCAGCAACAAGUGCAAUCAACGACAAACGCUUCACCACAGCACGCUUCCAACAACCAGCAGCAGCAGCAGCAGCAGUUGCAGAUGCAGCAACAGCAGCAGCAUCAUCUUCAUAACAACAACAACUCCGUUUUGAACGGUCACCCAAACGGGCUAGCAGGUCCCUCCGCCCCACACAACAACAACAACAACAACACCACCCAAAUGCCGUCCUCCCAAAUGAGGGGCCUGCUGAACGAAACAACAACCACUCCGCCAAUAAUAACAACAACAACAACCCGAGUACCACCAACAAUAACAGCAACACCACCACCACCCCCACAAACAACAACAACAGCAAUGGCGGCAGCUAUAAAGAGCGAGCUAAUGGAGGACAGCAACCACACCCACACCCACACCCACAUGCACUCCCUCACCCACACCCACACCCACUUGGCCACCCACAGUCGCAGCAGCAACAGCAACAGCUCAAUGGCCACGGAGGAGGCGGAGGAGGAGCAGGAGCUGGCGGAUCAUCAGGCGGAUCCGGAGGAAGAUCACCUGCAGCAUCAGCAGCAGGCGGCGGCAGUGGCGGAGCAGCAGGCCUAUCUGCUGGCGGCGCGGCAAUACCACAGCAGCACGCCCAUCAACAGCAGCAGCAACAUCAACAGCAGCAGCAGCAACAGCAACAGCUGCAACACCAAUCCCAGCACGCCCAGCAGCAGCAGCAACUCGCCCCUUACUAUCUACCAACAGGAGCCGCAGGUAACGGAUUUCUCGCGCACCACCCCGCCGCCGCAGCUGCUGCCGCCUAUGGGAAUGCUGCCGCAUAUGGCAAUGGACUACAACAUGCUGGCUUUGGAUAUGCCCAUGCCCAUGCACACGCUCAUGCCGCCCAGCAUGCCCAGUAUGCUGCAGUGCAGCAGCACCAGCACCACGCCGCUAGCUACUACCACCACCACCAGUAUGCAGGACACUAUGCAGCCGCUGCAGCCAGCGCAGCUGGUGUCCCACUACCACCAGGCGGUGCUCCCGCUCCCGCUCCCCCCGCAUCAUCAACACCAUCCGGAGCAGCAGGAGGAGCAACAGCAGCAUCAGCAUCGGGAGCUUCACCAACUGGAUCAGCAGCAGCAGGCGCUAAUCCUGGCGCAGGGGGACAAUAUGCCGCACAGCAGCAGUUCACCCACCAGCAGCUCCCCACCGCCGCUGCAGCAGCCGCCGCCGCCCACCAUGGGCAUGCCCAUGCCGCAGCAGCCGCUCACCACCACCACCACAGCGCCGCAGCUGCUGCCGCUGCCGCUGCAGCCGCCGCCGCCGCACAUCACCAGCACCAUGCCCAUGCCGCCCACCAUGCACAUGCCCAUCAUGCCGCCGCCGCCGCCAUGCUACCAGCAGCUGCAGCCGCUGGACCCCACAAUGAGCUAUCACACUAUUAUUGGUAGUGGCGGCAACCCGACCUCGGAGGCCACCUCGGCCGGAUCCGGAGCGGCGGGCUAUCCGGCGGGCAACCACCACCAGAUCACCACUAGCGACGGCCAGAUCCUGCAGCUAAUGCCCGCCUCCCUGUUCUCCCCUUACGCCCCGUUGUCGCCGUACUCGGUGGCCGCCCAGCGGUCCCCGCAGGAGGGCGACCUGCCGCCGAUGCACACCCUCACCACGGCGUUGCACGCCCACCAGCAGGCCCAGCAGGAGGCCCAGACCCCGACGCUCACCGUGCUGGCCACUCCCUACUCGCCCACGGUGAGCAGCUCGCGGGCCACCCCCGCCCUGGAGCUGGACCACGGUCUGGCCACGCUGAUACACCACCAGCAGAUGGAUCCGCAACUGGAUCCGUACCAGCUCCAUCACCAGCAGCAGCUGGAGCAGAUGCAGCAGACGCAGCAGCAGCUGGAGCACCAGCAGCAACUGGAGCAGCAGCAACUGGAGCAACAACAUCAGAUCCUGGCCCAGCCGCCGGCGAAGAAGCGACGAGGAGGCGCCACACCAUCGACAACGACCACCAAGCGUCGGCGCAACAGCAGCGUGGGCUCCACCUCGCCGCACUCGACCACGCUGCCGUCGGGCAGGAUCAAGUGUCUGGAGUGCGACAAGGAGUUCACCAAGAACUGCUACCUCACGCAGCACAACAAGAGCUUCCACUCCGGUGAGUACCCGUUCCGCUGCCAGAAGUGCGGCAAGCGCUUCCAAAGCGAAGACGUAUACACGACACACCUGGGGCGCCACCGCACCCAGGACAAGCCGCACAAGUGCGACCAGUGCCCCAAGCAGUUCCACCACAAGACCGACCUGCGGCGGCACGUGGAGGCCAUCCACACGGGCCUCAAGCAGCACAUGUGCGACAUCUGCGAGAAGGGCUUCUGCCGCAAGGACCACCUGCGCAAGCACCUCGAGACCCACAACCGUCCACGGGUGGUGGGCAAGAAGUCGGCGGCCGCAGCAGCCGCAGCCGCAGCAGCUGCGGCGGCAGCAACAGCCACUUCAGCAGCAACUGCCGCCGCAGGGGGGAACAUCACCUCGACGGUGGCGGGAGCAGCUCCCGGCACCAUCAAGGCGGCAUUCGCCCGCGCGCUGACCGUCACAUCGGCGGCUGCCUCGCCCACUGUCAUGGCCUCCGCGUCCAAUCCCCGCCAGAGUCUGAAGCGGCCCAUCGACGAUGUGGCCGCCGACGACGACAGCCUGUUGGAGGACGAGGAGGACGCGAUGGAGAUGAAGAUGAUAGAGGAGGAGGAUGAGGAGGAGGACGAGGAGUUGGACGACGAUCUGAUGAUCAAGCAGGAGUUUAUCGAGGAGGAGUACCAGACCAUAGAGAUGUACUAGGGGGCAGUCCGGACACGGUGUUGAAAUGCUUCCUGGCUUUUGGGAGCGACUGGGGGAGGGGCAACUGAGUCCUGCCCGCGUUGCAAGACGCAGCUCGGGCAGCGCUGCAGUUGGAUGGUGGUUGUCCUGGAUCGGCUUAGUCUGGCUCUUGAUUUAGGGUUCUCCGCCAGCUGACAUUUAAUUACUUGCUUUAAUGACCGUUAUAUAUUAUUUUUGAUUGAGGAACGAAUUAAGAAAACACGCUUUGUUGCUUGGCAGGCAAUAACUCGCUGUUUUUUCCCCAACUUGAUUGCCAAAAACACAAAAAGCCGCAGCAUUUCGAUCACUUGGACGGGCACUCCUUGGGCCCAUUAGGCCCGGACCUCCACACAUCCGAUCAUUCCUGUCGGGCCAUAGAGGGGGGAGGCGCCAGAGAUUUGACAAACACACACACACACACACACACAGAAGAAUUCCUAAUUGUUGUAGCAGAAAAUUAUUUAAUUUUAUUUUGUACGUUAACAGUUGUAUUAUUAUUUUGUAAUGUAUAACCCUGUAACCAUAGCCUGUACGCUUAGUCCUAAAUGUGUAACACCUCCAAGUAUACCUCAGCAACAAAAGAAACGCUUACAUCAGGGCGAUCGCACACCACGUACAUAUUCCACUCUAUAUAUUAUAUAUAUGUUACCGCCUAGCUUGAUGAUUUUUUUUUAAAGCCCAUUAGUUAUUAGAUCGUUAGUUAUUAUAUUUUUGUAUCGACAACAAAUGCCAUAUACACGAUAUGUGAACUAAAAAGCAGCAACUAAAUGCCAAUCGAUAUAUAUAUACGGAUAUAUAUACCAACUCUAGUUACUAGAACGCACAUAUGCAUAUAUAUAUAUUACUAACCUCGAUCAUAUAUGUGUUAGCCUUAAAAACGCCAAAUUACAGAGCAAAGGAUACGAAAACUUAAACAAAAAGCUAAAUCAGGGAUAUUAUUAUUUUAAGAAACCAGACACACACUCCCCACACAUGCACGAAUACCAUAUAAUAUAUAUGCUCUAUGAUAUAUAUCCUUAGUUUAGUUGUCCCUAACUUAUGUUCCACACAAAUAAAACCAAUUGUAAUUAUUUAAUCUUCAUUUUCGCCCAC